AUGGAUGUCUCUGUUGAAUACCUGAAGACUCGGGCAGAGAUCGAAGAGCCACAACUAGGCAGCAGCGCACGUAACCAAUGCGCCACAGCCGCUCUUUCAAGCUCGGUGACCUCGCUCGGCAGGUCGCUGCUCACCGGAAGCCCCAUCGCAGUCGGAGAAAACCGCAAACUGAAAGCUGAGUUCGAUUUCUCGUUAGGGGAUUCGUGCUCCUGCAAGUCGAAGCCGCGACCGUGCGUCUUCGUCCACGGAUUGGGGAUCAAGAAGGAGCACGCACGGAAUCGAGAUCGAUUUUACUACUGGGGCGACUUGGAAGGUCACGCGCCGUGCUGCUCGUCCAUGGAGUACACGUAUCUGAACACGUCAGGCAACCCCUGGACCAGCCAAGCACUACAGCAGAAAGUCUGUGAUCGAGUAACUGAAGUGAGCAAGACCAGCUCAAAGUCCACCAUCUCCGAUACCAUCGUCGUCACGCACUCGAUGGGGAAUUUGAUGCUGGCAGGAGCGAUCGCGAACGGGAAGUGUAAACUUGAUCCGAGUUCGACGUGGGUGGGGAUCGCUGGUCCGAUGAAGGGGAGUAUGUGCUCUGACUUCGUUCAAGACUCGUGUGCCGGGAACAGGGGAUUUCUCUUAGAGGCAAUCGCUGAAGUAAUUGGAAAGUGUCCGCCGACAACUGGAUUGAAGUCGUUGGCGUACCAGGGCGGAGACUACAGCUCCCCAGAGCUCGACGCAGCGUACAUGGCCGCUCAAAAGGCGUAUCGGGCCAACGUAUUUGCGGUAAUGUGCAGCAAGAGCUACUAUGGCCAAGUUUCACUGUACCAAUCAUUUUUCUGGAUGCUCGGAAAGUCGAUCCCUCACAAGUCGAAGCGGAACGACGGCAUGGUGGAGUUCGACAACUGCGCCGGGGGCUUCCCGGAGUCCAAGUUCGGCGAUACCUACCGAGAUCGGUUUUAUAAAACCAGGCUGAACCAUUUCGACAUGCAAUUCGUGAGCGGCGAUGCUCUUCUGGACGAGUCAAAGAUGCCAGUUAAGUGGUUUGAGUGUCUUCUGUAG